AGCUGACGCUGUCAAUCAUACAACCCCACAAUCCCAUACAUACACAAGCAGGAUGCCAUAUCGCGUCAAACGAGAGGCCCCGGCCAUGGAGUCACCUACUAGUAGGAAGCGCGCAAGACCUGCGCAAGAAGCAGUCGAGGAUACGGACGAGGAGCAUAUCAAGGAGUUGCACGAGUUGAUUCUGCAGCAGGGUAUCUUAUCUAGUAAGCCCUCCCUUUGCAUACACGCUCACAAUUGUAGACCCUUCUCUGACUCUGGUAGCAUUGUCCCCAGCUGCUAUAACGCGAAUUGCGAACCAUCCGAAUGCCGCGAGUAUUUACGGCCAACAGGUCCAUAAACGAGUCACGACGUAUAUCAGGAAAAGAUCCGAACGAAGAAAGCGUGGCGAUCCAUCUCUUAGCGACAUGAUCAAUGGAUACAUGGCUGAAAUAUCGGUGCUGGCUCAGCUAUCUGACGGUCUUCUCUGGGCUACUUCCUUUCUUUGGACCUUAGUAAAAUGGUCUACACAUUACCGCCAGACCGUUUAUACUUUGAGGGACCGGAAGAAGACACAACAAUAUUUCCACGGUCAGAUGAGUUCUUGGUUUCGAUAUUGAGAAAACUCGGACCACAGUCCCUGGAUAAACCCAUGGACGCAUACGGCCCCAAAUCAUUGCGUGCCAACCUUUCGGAAUUAGAAGGGCGAAGAGGCCCGCUCGACAACCACCCGAAAAGUAAGGCGUAUUAUCCCAGAACAAUCGGACUCGCACUGUCAUGGCUCAAUCCAUCCGACUUUCCGCAAAAGGAACACGACGUCGCGAGACAGGAAAUUAUAACGCUGAAUAAAUUUGCGAAGAUAGAGCUGCAAAUGGCUAAAGAUGUGCAAAACAAGUAUGAGCAAAACCGUGAUAUACAAGAAGCCUUGGGUACGUUGAGUGAAGGCUUGGCAGAUUUGGUACCCAAAAUCAGACAUCUCAGUUAUCUUGAUGGUGGCCUGAUGCUCGCCUUUGACCUUAUCCAGUUUCUAGACCGACAAUUGUUCUUCUAUUGCGAGCCCGGAGUUAAAGGCAUGAGAAGGAGUGGACUCGAUGAACGCGCCGAUGAAUAG